CUCAACUCGGAACACUAUAAUUUCCCUCCUUUCCCUCGUUUUCUUCUCUGCGCCUUUUUGACCCCCCACACCCCAACCCCCCCCGGCGCACGCCCUCUUCCCUCGUCCUCGUCCACCUCGAUCCGGAGAUCCCACAUCUCUGAUCUGAACCCCUGCCUUGAUCGGCCCCCCGCCGCUUUCCCCCUGCCGGAAUCCGACUAGGAACGAGGCAUAUGCCACGGGUUCUGUAUCGGUGGACGAUCUGGGUGUGUUAGCCUGGAGAUCGGUGGUCUGUGGGGUUUCUGUUUUGUUUUUGGGGUCAUUUUGCGGGUGCCCGUUUGAUGUCGGGCGGCCGAGCUGCUGGGAGCCGCUCCGCACAAGCGUCAACACCGAUCCUCCAACAGCCGAAGCAGCGGCGACGCGUGCUGUUCUCCUCGGCGAGGCCGCCUUUUGUUACCCCGGACGAGUACCACAGCUUCCCUGCGCCCCAUGGGCGGCCGAUCGCCGGCAACGAGAUGGUCGAUGCCCUGGUCAUUAAAUCCCCUUCAAAGCAGAAGCCUGAAAACAAGGAUAAUGAGGCUGCAGUGUCAAGCGAGUUGAAGACUAGUCCUGGUUAUGCUGGAGCUAAUAAUGCUCUUCUCACACCGGUAACAGGAAAGGGAGGAAAAACAAAUGGCAGAUCCAAGGCAGCAAAGUACAAUAAGUCUGGACCUCAGACCCCUAUGUCAAAUGUUGGUUCAGCCUCGGGCAAUGUUCUCACUCCUGUUGGUACUUGUCGUUACGAUAGUUCUCUAGGACUCUUGACUAAAAGGUUUAUCAGUUUGCUUAAACAAGCACAAGAUGGCAUCCUUGAUUUGAAUAAUGCUGCAGAAACACUUGAGGUGCAAAAGAGGCGGAUAUAUGACAUCACUAAUGUCCUUGAAGGGAUUGGACUGAUAGAAAAGAAACUCAAGAACAAAAUCUGUUGGAAGGGAUUAGAUAAUGCGAGGCCAGGGGAGGUUGAUGACGAUCUUUCAGUACUACAGGCAGAAAUUAAAAAACUUGCAUUGCAAGAGCAUGGAUUGGAUGACCGUAUCAGCAAAAUACAAGAAAGAUUAAGGGUGUUUUCUGAAGAUGAAAGAAACCAGAGGUGGCUUUAUGUGACUGAAGAUGACAUCAAAGGUCUUCCUUGUUUUCAGAAUGAAACACUUAUAGCAAUAAAGGCACCUCAUGGUACUACACUGGAAGUUCCAGAUCCUGAUGAGGCUGGUGAAUAUCCACAGAGGAGAUACAGAAUUGUCCUAAGAAGCACAAUGGGUCCAAUAGAUGUUUACCUUGUUAGUCAAUUUGAGGAGAAAUUUGAGGAGAUGAACAGUAUUGAGACACCUUUGAGGCUCAAUCCCAUGGCAGAUUCACAGACUGUUGAGAACUCCAUGUUGGCGAUUGCCACAGAAGAGAGCAGAAGAAAGGAAACGGAAUUUAAGGAUCAAGAUUGUCAGAGGGCAUGCCCCGACAUAAGUUCCUCACAGGAUGCUGGUGGUGGUAUGAUGAAGAUUGUUCCUUGUGAUGUUGACACUGAUGCUGAUUACUGGCUUCUAUCAGAGUCUGGAGUCAGCAUUACAGAUAUGUGGAAGACAUCACCGGAGGUCCAGUGGGAUCGGAUCUGUGCGUUUAGCACGGACGACUUCGUUACAAGUGGUGCUGGCACACCUCGGCCACCGGCUCCAACAUCUGGUGUUAUUGACCCUUUGACACAAACUCUACUCGGAAAUAAAUGCAGGGCAGACAAUCUGUGACAUUAAAAUUGAAAACUUCAUUCUCCAGGUGCAUUAAAAUUCUCAUCUCACUGCCACAAAAGUCAAACCGGGAAACAAUUCGGUGAUCAAAGAAUUAAGAGGUGAGGCUAUGCAAGAGCACUCUCGAUUCCGAGAACUAGCCACUGCAGUCCUAUGUGUUGGAUCGAGUAUACAUCUUACUGUAUUGUUCAUGCACGAAGAUAUAAACUCAUCUUCAUUUAUCUACACAUCUUUCUCUAUGCUCCUAAAUGUGACCAGUCUCAUCCUGACUGUUUUCCGUUUUGUUAAGCAGAAUACAACUAUUUAAACAUAUCUUGAUGUUGCUGUUCAUUUUGUUUUGACUACAGAUUGAGAAAGGUGCAUUGCUUUUCAUAAAAUGCAAGCUAGUCAUUCAAAGGCGCUAAUGUUUCUUCA